AUGGCCGAUGAUACCGCCGCGGCGGAGGAUUCGCCCAUCACCUUCACCGUCAAGUCGUCCAACGAUGCCAAAUAUACUAUCACACUCCCGCUUUCUACGCCGGUGUCGGAAUUGAAGGAGAAGCUCUCGACCUCGGAGUAUGCAGACACUCCCGCCGACCGCCAGCGCCUGAUCUACUCCGGACGGGUGUUGAAAGACAACGAAACUCUGGCUUCUUAUAAAAUUAAGGAUUCACACACCAUUCACCUGGUGAAAAGCGCCGCCAGUAAUCAACGUCAAGGCGGUCCUUCUCAAAGUGCCGCCACUUCCGCACCAACUCCCGCCGCCACUGCGAAUUCCUCGGCCGCCGGCGUUCCCACGAACCUCGCAGCUGGCACGGGCAACAACCCGCUCGCCGGACUGACAGGAGCCAGAUAUGCAGGAUUCGCACAACUUCCAGGAGCUGGGAUGUUUGGUCCAGAUGGAGGGAUGGGACCCCCUCCCGAUGCCGAAGGCCUGCUCGGCAUGCUCGAAAACCCCCAAUUCGUAUCCACCAUGAACGAAGCCUUACAGAAUCCCGCGGUGAUCGACAUGAUGAUCCAACAAAAUCCUAUGUUGCGCGACAUGGGUCCCGGAGUGCGACAGAUGAUGCAAAGCCCCGAGUUCCGUCGAAUGCUUACGGAUCCCAGCAACCUCCGCCACGCUAUGCAGAUGCAAAGAGCCAUGGGCGGUGCUGGAGGACUUGGUGGUGGUAGCGCAUUCCCAGCCCCCGGAGUAACCAACACGACGCCGGAGGAGAACCGGGGGACUCAGAACAACAAUGAAACUGGUGCUGCAGCGGCGCCGGGUGCCCCUCCGUUCAACCCUUUCAUGCCCCCAGGUUUGGGUGCCGGUAACCCCUUCGCCGCGCUUUUCGGCAACCCCAUGGGCGCAAACCCAUCGAAUCCCGCCGGCGACGGUCAACCAGGCGCCACUCAGGCGGGAGGCGAGGGUACCGCUGGAACCACUGGUGGUGAGGGUCAGAAUCAACAAGCCGCGCAGAACCCUUUCGGUCUCUUCAACCCUGCGCUAUUCGGGCAACAGGCUGGCGGCCAGGUUGGUCAGAAUCCCUUCAAUCCCCAACAGAACCCGUUCCUCCGUGAUCCGGCUCUCUUCCAGCAGAUGAUGCAAGCGAUGGGCGGACCUUCGGGCGACGGUGGUGCUGCUGCCGGCGUGAAUCCUUUCGCAUCCCUCUUCGGAGGCGGUGGUUUUGGAAGCCCAGCACCCCCAGACAACCGACCGCCCGAGGAACGAUAUGCCGAGCAGCUCCGACAGCUGAACGACAUGGGCUUCUUUGAAUUCGAGAGAAACAUUGAGGCUCUUCGUCGGUCAGGCGGCAGCGUGCAAGGUGCGGUGGAAUAUUUGCUCGGCAACCCAUCAUAA